ACUGGCAUAAUACACGGGGACAUCAAGGCGGAUAAUUGCCUCUUAAGAUUAGAACCGACGUUUGAGUGGGACUCCAGGUACGAUCCGUCAGGUGCGCAUGGAUGGUCUAAAAAGGGAAUCAAAUUGAUCGAUUUUGGGUGCGCCGUAGAUGUAACGAAGUUCUCACCGGACAUGAGAUUUAUAGCCGAUUGGAAGACGGACGAUCAAGAUUGCGUAGAAAUGCGUGAGGGCAGGCCAUGGAAGUGGCAGGCAGAUUAUUAUGGUCUGGCAGGUGUUAUUCAUUGUAUGCUACAUAAUGAAUAUAUGCAAAUAACUCCUGUACGAGUUGACGACGAUUCAUUUUCGUCUGGAGUUUCGUCAAUAUCUACAAAAAAAUACAGGCCAAUACAAUCAUUCAAACGAUACUGGCAGAGCGACCUCUGGCGGAAGCUAUUUGAUAUGUUAUUAAAUCCCACGAUGGUUCGAUCCGACAGCCGACUACCAAUUACGCAAGAAUUAAAUGAUAUAAGGCGAGAAUUUGAGGAAUACCUGGUUUCGAAUAGUAACAGAGCGGGAAAGAAUUUAAAGGAACUACUGUACAAAUUAGAAAUCUCCGGUGAACAUGUAACUGGUUAUCGUUAUGUGGAAAUUCAGUCAUUGUGCCCACAAAUGGAAACAGUUGGCGAAGCAUUAGUAGUUGUUAUACAAAAUUUUAUUGGUGAAUCUGAUGUUGCACAGAAUCUUACUGGCAAACGCGUCUUUUGGUUGAGUCAUUCGAAAAACAGAAAGAUCCUAGCGAAGGGAAAAUACUUUGACCGAAGAUAA